ACGCUCAACAAUUAUAUAUCCCAAUGGCUCUCCCUUCCAUUGUCCUGCUCUCAUUAUGCUCCCUCCUAGUGACAGCUUCUCUGUUGGAGCUCGCCGUCGGCGACGGCAGCGGCGGUGAGGACAUUCUGAUCCGUCAGGUCGUCGGGGAGGACGACGGCCUACUGAACGCCGAACACCAAUUCGUCUCUUUCAAGGAGCGCUUCGGGAAGGCGUACGCCUCGAAGGAGGAGCACGAUUACAGGUUCUCGGUGUUCAAGGCUAACGUGCGCCGCGCAGAGCGCCACCAGCGGCUCGACCCCUCCGCUGUCCACGGCGUCACUCGGUUCUCCGAUUUGACUCCGUCCGAAUUCCGACGCAACUUUUUCGGACUGAACCGACGGCUUAGGGUCCCGGCUGAUGCUCAGACGGCUCCCACCCUUCCCACCGACGAUCUCCCGUCAGAUUUCGAUUGGAGAGACCACGGUGCCGUUACGUCCGUGAAAAAUCAGGGUAGCUGCGGGUCGUGCUGGUCGUUCAGUACGACUGGAGCAUUGGAGGGUGCCAACUUUCUCGCCACCGGGGAGCUUGUGAGCCUAAGUGAGCAGCAACUUGUGGAUUGUGAUCAUGAGUGUGAUCCCGAAGAACCUGGUUCUUGUGAUUCUGGAUGCAAUGGUGGGCUAAUGAACAGUGCCUUUGAAUACACACUGAAAUCCGGUGGGCUUAUGAGGGAAGAAGACUACCCUUACACAGGCAGCGAUGGUCAAGCCUGCAAAUUCGACAAGACCAAGGUUGCUGCUAAGGUUGCCAACUUCAGUGUUGUAUCCCUUGAUGAAGAUCAAAUCGCUGCCAAUCUUGUCAAAAACGGUCCUCUUGCAGUGGCUAUCAACGCAGUGUACAUGCAGACAUACGUCGGGGGAGUGUCGUGCCCGUACAUAUGCUCGAAGAAGUUGGACCACGGGGUGCUGCUGGUGGGUUACGGUUCAGCAGGGUACGCUCCGAUUCGGGGGAAAGACAAGCCAUACUGGAUCAUCAAGAACUCAUGGGGAGAGCAUUGGGGAGAGAAUGGGUACUACAAGAUCUGCAGAGGCAGCAAUAUCUGUGGAGUGGAUACCAUGGUUUCUACUGUUGCAGCUGUAAGCACCACCCCCACCUCGUCCUAGCCCGCCUUACUAACUGGCUCCCCGCAUACUACUACUACUACAUACUACUAAGGUUAUUGUUUUGUACAUAUAUAUACAUAUUGUGUGUGUGUGUGUGUCCCAUGUAGACAUACCGCAGGUUAUGCAAGUGUGUAUUCAGUAUUAAGUUUCCUUUGUCUAUUUCGUAAUUUAGUCUACAUUGAAAAUUUGGAAUUCAACCGUUCAUGCAAUUCUAUUUGUUACCUUUAUUUAGAGCUUCAACUCCGACCCAUUAUUGGAGGAAUGAUUUAAGAAUUAUCUGUGUCCAUU